AUGGAAACAAUCACACCCAAAUUGUCCGGAAGAUGCGGUGGAAGAAGAGGUCCGCACGACGUACAGCGGUUUACGGAAUCCCGCCAAAGACACCUGUCAAUUCUCGCCGGGGAAUCCAGCUCCCCCCACGUGGCUUUCCCGCCAAUCAGCGACGCAGAGCCGCCGAGUAUUAAAAUCUCCGGCGGCCACCACCGGCCCGAGCAGCAAAACAAACAGCAUCCAUCAAGGCUGAGAUGGAGGCUGGGCCGGAAGAAGAAGAAAAAAAGGGGUCAAGCUGAGGUGUCAGAUUGGAGAUGGCAUAGCAUGUGA